AUGAGCAUCAAUAUGCACGCAGCGAGCUUUCAGCGAAGAGACCGGGCACUGUUCCCGGCCCCAGAGGCCGCUCGCGCGCCCAUGGGUACCAUGGAGGAUUUCGGGGCGAGCCCGGCCGGUCUGCCACAGAAGCUCCUGGCGUGUCGACUGUGCAUCACGGCGGACGCGCUCAACGUGGACCCCGACAUUUUCAACUCCGUCCAUGGAAACGGCCUGGUCUACGAUGGCCGGCUGAUCGUGGACCACAAUUUCUGCACCACGGAUCCCGGCAUCUUCGGGGCCGGUUCCCUCUGCGAGUUCAGCCGGCGCUUCCAGCGGAAGGAUGCCGCGCGAUACCUGCGGCACGACGGCUUCAACGGGCGCGAGGUUGGCGGCAAGCUCGCCACCGCCUUGCUGAGGAAGCUGGAUCCUGUCAACGGCGACUCCGUUGCAGCCGGCGGACCCUCGUUGAAUACCGGCAGCACGGUGCACGACACGGGCACCACCGGCGGCGUCAUGCAACUCCGCCCAGCUCAAGCGCCUGGCGUUGCAGCAGGCUUUGCACCCUCGGCCAGAUCACAAAUGUUCCGCAUUGGCCGCAUUGCAGCCGCUGUCUGCCUGGCCCUUCACGGCGCCAGCUGCUUCCUCCUGCCAAGCCAGCUGACGACAGGUUGCUUGUCUCCCGUGCCAAUGUUAGGCGCCUUCAAGGGCACCCCUGAGCCCAGCCAGCCCAGCUCCUGGAGUCUGCUGGCUGGUGCAGCGUUGGGGCUUCUGAUCUCAGCGGCCACUGCAAAACCGGCCCUUGCCAUGGAGCUGGAGAAGGGCGAAACCUCCUUCCAGGGCAACUGCACUGCCUGCCAUGUUGGCGGUUUGGUAGAGAUGCAAAAGAGGCUUUGUCGUCCAGUUUCUAGGGCUAACCUGUGGAGGGAUUCCAUCGUCGAGUACCGCAAGUACGAUGUCCAGGCCAUCAUCAGCCGGGAGUCCGACAGAGGUGUGAAGCCUCCUGUUGGCGACAAGAUGAGGCCUGACAACUUCGAGGAUGUGGCGAACUUCGUCUACAGCAAAGCUGACAAGUGGUGA